AUGGCGAUUGAGGGAAUCAAGCGAGGUGGAAAGGCCCUGGAAGGACCCUUCUUCACUGUGGAUAAGGGGGAUGUUGCCGAGGUGCGCAUCCGGCCGCUCAAGCCGUUUGUCAUGGAGCCUUUUGAGAAGUUCCCGCCUCUGGGACGCGUGCUCCUUUACGAAGCUGGCCUGAGAGCGUUCGGGCGUGUGAAGCAGGUGGUGAAGCUGUUUAAGCCAAGCUUCGUCGAUCCGACCUUCUUUGGCAGCGAGGCCAUAUGGCAGCAGAUUGGCGAGGAGCCUCAACUGCUGUUGGGCCGCAACGAAGACAACAACAGCCUCAUUCAUCUCUUCAUCACCCACUUCCACCAAGAGGAAGAGAGGCUGCUGGAGAACAUCACCAACGUGCUGCGCAUGGUGGAUCGGAGCUUUGGUCAUGCGGCCGUGUUCAUGCUCAUGCGCGUGCGCAACAACGAGGGCCACAUGGCCCUCCACCUUGCCCUUCGCGCUGGCCUGUGCAAGGUGGCUGCAGCGCUCCUGUCGUGGGGAUCACCGUUGAUGCCGAGCCCGGCCGAGCAAGAGCAGCUGCGCAGGCUUUGGAAGAAACCCGUCGACACUCCCAUCCGCUGCUUCAUUGGCGGCAAGUGCGAGAAAAGCUCGCUGAGUCUUGCUCUUCUGUGCUUGCUGGUGCUCUCGCGCGAUCGUGAGGAGUUCACCAACCUUGAUGAAAUGCUGCCGCCAAGGGAGAUGCCGCAGCUCUUCUUGAUUGCCCUCCAGUCGUUCGCCCGCGCCCAGCCGUCGGUCGAUGCCCUCUCCGCCCAGCUUGCCACCUCAACUCGUCUGUGA